UGGCAUGACGUAGAUUAGAAAUCCAAGAUGAAUUGCCCCACGCUGCGUCCACAGCUCGCUUCAAUUCUGAAAAACUUUCCGCGCGCUCGCCCAACUUUUCUGAAUCCUUCACGCAUCCAAUACUUGUCAACUUCUGCAAGAUUCGCAAUGCCUGCCGUCGAGUCUAAAUUCGAUCCUCAUGACAUGGAGUUUCGGCGCCUUGGACCUGCGGGUCUAAAGGUGUCGGUCUUCUCGCUCGGUGGCUGGUUGACGUAUGGUGGAACGCAGAAGGGCUCAAUUGUGAAAGAUUGCAUGCAGGCGGCCUGGGAUUACGGCGUCAACACAUUCGAUACCGCUGAGACGUAUGCGCGGGGUCAAUGUGAGCUCGAGAUGGGUGAGGCGUUCAAGGAGCUGGGCUGGCCGCGCGACGAGUACGUUUUGACGACCAAGGUAUUCUUUGGAACCGGACGCAAGGAGCCAAACACGAGGGGCCUCAGCAAGAAGCACAUCAUCGAGGGACUGAAGAGCUCCUUGGCUCGUCUGCAGACGCCCUACGUCGACAUCGUCUUCGCCCAUCGCUAUGAUCCAGACGUGCCAAUGAAGGAGAUCGUCGAGGCCUUUACGCAGACGAUCCACAUGAACCUGGCGUAUUACUGGGGAACGUCAGAAUGGUCGGCCGAGCAGAUCCAGGAAGCCCACGCUGUCGCCGAGAAGUACAACCUCAUCGCGCCGGUCGCCGAGCAGCCGCAGUAUAAUGCGUUCCACAGGGAGCGAUUCGAGAAAGAGUACGCGCCUCUGUAUGAGAAAUUUCAGUAUGGGACCACAACGUGGAGCCCGUUAGACUCUGGAAUCUUGACUGGCAAAUACGACAAGGGCAUCCCAGAGGACUCACGGUUCGCCAACAACCCUGACUUCUUCAAGAAUACCAUCGAGAAACUCAAGAGCGAGGAAGGCCAAGCGAAGCUAGAGAAGGUGAGGCAGCUGGGUAAGGUUGCCGAGAAGCUCGGAGCCACCACUACCCAGCUCGCUCUUGCGUGGUGUGCUGCGAACAAAAACGUAAGCACCGUAAUCCUGGGCGCAACGAAGCCUCAGCAAGUCCACGACAACUGCAAGGCUUUGAAGUUGCUGCCCAAGAUGACUCCGGAGGUCAUGGGGGAGAUUGAGAACAUCCUACAAAACAAGCCAAAGGCAUCGUUGUAAGGGCGGUCGUGUAACCAUGAGGAGGGCUUAGAGGACUCGUGACAAGU